UGGUAUUUUUUGUUUUUUGUAUUCGGGUUAAAUGUGACACUUCUAUUUGAUUCGACGAUUUACUUUUUCUUUGUUAUUUAUAGUGAAGAAAGGAAAACGACACUCUUUUUAAAGUAAGAGGAUAGUUGGUUCGUUCCGUUGUUUACUCGCGCGUGUGAAUCAGUGGGAUGAAGAUGAUCGAUUGUUUUCUUUUCCUUCUAUUAUUCUUUCUCUCCUUCUUUAAAAAUUUAUCCUAGUGAAGUUGAUACGUGAAAAAAAAAAGAAAAGUUUUAUCCUCUAUUAUAUUGCAGUGGAAAAAUAGUUAGAGGGAGUUGCUAGUGAGUAAUAACAGUGUGCGACACAAAACGUGCGGAAUACAAUUCGUGCAUUAUGAUAUGCGUCGGAGAGAAUAUGAUUAGGCGAUAGAAGAGGAUAUUAUUACGAAGCUAAGAACGACAUUGACGUGUGCCUUCUGACAUAUUUUUCUUAUUUUGUCUCCCUUCUUCUUCUUCGUAUUCUUCGUUUGAAAAGUCUAACCAACAAGAAGAGCCAGUCAUAUAAGUCUUAUAAUUGUUUACAUCUACGUGUGUCGAAAAUCUACAUCUCCUAUCGAAUACAACGAUUACAUUUACGAGAACGAGGAUUUAAUCGUCGUGUGAUUAAUCGAAAAUAGAAGAGAGCACGCUCUUGUUGACGUCAUGCGUUCGAUGAGCUCAGUCAUUUGUGCAAUCAGAUGUGAUGGAGUCUUGUGAAGACGGCUUCUACUAUGAGUUAAGACCUCGUAAUUAAUUGGGACUGGCAUGGAGAAGGAGAACUCCGCAUCAGGCGGAGGUGGCGGAGGUGAAGCGGCGGCAACGGCAACGUCGGGCUCCACCUCCACCUCCGAGAAGCUCCAGGCGGACCAGGCCAAUCCGCUGCUCGAUCCCACUGCACUUUUUGGUGCGUACUGGCCGCGAGGAGAUAGCGCAGCUUCCUCUCUUUUCGGCGGGAUGCCUGGAGGCUACGGAUUGGGGGCACAUCAUUUACCGUCGGCUUACGCCAUUCUUGGCCGUGGGGGUUCAGCGCCUGGUUUUGGGGGUCAUACACCGGCAUCCGCACCACCACCACCCCCGUACUCGCACAGUAGUCUCGGUACUCUCAGCGUGGCUGCCAGUCAAGCUGCGAGUCUGGGUAUCACACCUGCUAGUGCGGCAUGGUGGACAAUGGCCUCUCAUUUAGCUGCCCAGGAUUACCUCGCGAGAUUGCAGGGUGCAACAGGAAUCCCAACUUUUCCACCUGGUGCGGAGAGUAUUAUACCGCCUUACCCUGCAUCUCUGUUGAAUCCCCCAUCCCUUUCGUCCCACAAGUCUACCAAGUCUAAGUCGAGUAAAAGUCACAAGACACCGGCAAGCAGCAGUAGCAGUAGCUCGACAACGACGAAUAUGACAAGCAGUAGUUUGCCGGUGUCGAGUCAGGCCACGGUAACACCAACUCAUCACAGUACCUCGGCAAGCACCACGCCAAAUUCGCAAACUAACGUUGUUAGCAGCUCUGCGAAGGAAGGAAGCGAUCCUAGUAGUAUAUUGGGAGGUGUGCGUUUGCCUCCUGAUACGGAAAUCAUCAAGUAUACCUCAAGUAUAGUCGGUCCAAAAGUUCCUGGUACGACGAAUCGUGGCAGGAAGAAGACGAUCUCUUUGGAUACACCGAGUGUCAGUGUUCAUCCACCAACUAUAUCUACGUUGAGUGCUCAUCAAACGAACACAACUACGUCGUCCUUGAUGAUGGAGCCAAGAAAGUACAAUCGUACAGGGACCGAAUCUAACGAGUAUCGAGAGACUGUAGAUCGCGUGGAGGUGAUCAAAUUACCGGCCCACUCAACCAACGGUUCUGUAUUGUCAGCACCGUCUUCUUACACCAGUGGCAAUAACUCAACCACCUCCGCCAAUGACUCAGAUGCUCCAUUAAAUUUAUCCCUUAAACCUUCUUCGACGAGUAGUAGUUCGCCGAUUUCCGGUAGUCAACCGCUCAGUCAGCUCAGCAAUCUGAGCCAAUCUUUGCUUGCCUCUGAUCGGACAUCGAGACGAAAACCCGGACCAAAGCCGAGAAGAGUGCCUCAAAACUCGGUACCAGUCCCAGCUUCUCCUAGUCCUUCAUUGGCACAAUUAUUUGCUGCUGCGGAUUCUCCCCAAAGGCCCAGCAGCGGUAGCGAGGAAAGUGAGAGUGCCAGUACGACUCAUCAUAAGGAUGGUCGUCCACGAAAUCUUGGUCGUGGUGUUUCCAAACCGAAGAAGAACACCGUAGCGUCGUUGCUAGCACAGAGCAGAGCAUUGGGUAUAAAACCCACUCCAACGUUGGAUCCUAGCGCACCAUUGUCACACCAGGUCUCGUUGCUGAGGUCGAACAUUAUUGCUGCGCAAUUGCAUGCCUCGGCAACGGGCCAGGUUGACGACAAGAAUCAGCGAUCUUUACAGGAGAAGAUGAAGAAUAAAUUGCUGGAGGCGUCGGGCGAGGAAAGCAAUAUGGAUGUAACAAGUGAAAGCGGAAGCAACACCGACGUCCUCACCGACACAGACGAAGAUAACGCUGAGGGUACGCCCAGUGCUAAGAGAAGAAAGCUUAAACCUAGCGAAAGGGAUCUUCAGAUGCCCUUGGAACGUGGUUGGAAACGAGAGACUGUUAUUAAGGGACUAGGAAAGACUGGAGUUAUUAAGGGCGAUGUGUCCUAUUAUAGUCCUUGUGGUAAAACAUUUAGGUGCAGUCCCGAUCUUGUCAAGUUUUUGGAACAACAGAUUCCUGCCGAGCUGACGACAGCGAAUUUUUCUUUUUCGUCCCGUCCAUUGGUCGGUGAGUUUCUCCAGCCAACGUUGGGUCUGGCUGAGGCUGAAUUUGUGAGGCUUGGCGCGCAAGAAGUAGCGAGACGUCUAGAAGAGAUAAGAGUUGCCGGAGGGUUCAGGGACAUACGAACUACGAACAAUCAGUACGAGAGAGACAAGCUGGCAUAUGCGAAGAAACUUGCUAAGGAGGAGGCACAACGACACAAAGAGCAGGCCAGGCUCAUCAAGGAACAAGAGAAGACGGAACGGCAAGAGGCAGUCAGACGGGAACGUGAAAUAAGAAAUCAACAGCUUCUCGAGGGUCGAAAGAGGCUCGCGUUCACGAUCAAGCAGAAAAUGAAGAUCAUCCAAGAGAUCGAGCGUGGUAAGAGCAAGAGCGACGUCGCCAGAGAAUUGGGCCUUGCGAGUAGCACCGUGGCAACCAUUUGGAAAAAUCGGGAGAGCAUCGCCGAAAGUUGGAGAAAUCGUGACAUUAUGCAACAACAACAACAACAACAACAGCAACAACAUCAACAACACCACUUGCCUCUUCAUCAUCAACAACAAUUAGAUCAGGAGGAAGCAAUUCUAUUGAAGAAACAAACAUUCUCCUCGGUAUCCCCAGUUGCUCUGAGCCUCUGCUCGGGUACGUCCUCAUUGACGAACUCGAGUGUUUCGAAUUUGAGCAUAUUACCAGUGACAACGACGGUUAACGUUGUCCCAACGACUUGCGUCGUCGGUGCAUCGUCUACAAACGCGAUUUCCCCAACAACGCCUCUCAUGUUGACGUCAACGAACAAUUCGACGACGAAUAUAUCGACUAAUACAACGACGAUGACGAUGAUGAACAGCAGCAACAACAACAAUAAUAAUAAUACUAAUAAUAAUAAUAAUAGUAACAGUAUCAACAACAUCAACAACAUCAAUCAAGCAGCAAUAAUGGUAGGCGGGGCACCGACUGGUACGACAGUAGUUGCGACAACUCCUCAAGUUAAUUCCCUCUUACCAUCGACAACGGCACUCCAGUUGACCACCAACAACCCUGUGAACGCUGCCAACGCAGUCAUCAAUGCAGCAUCUAACGCAGCCGCAGCAGCAGCAGCAGCCAUCGCUACUCUCACGGCUUUACCAUCGACCCUAUCCUCCUCUUCUUCAUCUUCUUCUUCUUCUUCUACCUCCUCCUCCUCGUCUAUAUGUUCCAUUUCGUCCACCACGCAACAACAACAACAACAACAACAACAACAACAACAACAACAACAUCAACAACAUCAACAACAUCAACAACAACAACACCAACAACUAGUACUACAACAACAACAACAACAACAACAAGCCGUCCAACCGACGACGCCACCUACCUCGACGUCCACCGGUACCGUGACGGUCGCCGUUCAACCGGACAAUACCCAGCAGGCCCAGACCCAGACGCAAAGUGGUCAGGAACUUCUGGAGGCGCGGAAAAAACGGCAGGAAGAGGUGGAGAAGAUCCGACUGGAAGAGCAACAACGAAAGCAACAGUUUUUGCAGGAGCGCGAAUUGAAGAGACAACAGACGGUGAUGUUUAAGGAACAGAUGUACAUGCAGGAGCUCACCAAGCAGCGCGAGAUGCUCUACACCGUCGAGUUGGAGCGAGAGAGAAGGAGACAACAUAUGGCUUUGGUCAGAGCACUCGAGAAUCGUCGCAAAAUGGAAGAAAGGGAAAGGAAACGAUUGGAAGCAAGAGCUGAGAGAAUAGCAACGAAAGAGAAACGAGCUGAACAAAGGAAAAUUGAGCUUGAGUUGGUAGAACAAAUUAGGAAACCCGUAGAAGACAUGGAACUUACAGAUCACAGAGCUCUGCCAGAUAUCAAGAGAAUACCUGGACUGAAAUUAUCGGGACAGGCUUUCGCUGAUAUCGUCAUGGUCUUCGAAUUUCUUCAUAAUUUUGGUGAAACUUUAGGUUUUGACAUGGAAUCCUUACCAAGUUUAAGAAGUCUGCAAUUAGCAUUGUUGAACGACGAAGAAGCCGAAGAAGAAAUGCUUUCUGUGAUGACACAUCUUUUGGUGUGCGCUAUCGAGGACCCAGGUAUUCCACAGCCAGCAAGACACACAACUGGCCUUGGACAAAGUUUACGACAGGCUGACAUAACUCAUGCCAACAUAAGCGAAAUUUUAAGAAUUUAUCUUUACGCGAACGCAACAGGUGAAGUUAAAGCACUCACGGGUGUCUGUUUGGAACGUGAACGUGACAAAAGAUUCGCUGAUCAUCAUCAAAACGGUGGCGAUUAUGCGUCUUCUUGUUCAGGCAAAAACGCUCAAUUCUUCGAGCACAUGCAUAAAAACGAAACGUGGAAAUUGUCCGAGAGGCUCAGGGACAAACCAUUCCUUGCACUUAAUCCAACGCACAAAGCACAAACUUUGGCGUUCCUUUGCAAUGAGCUAUUGCAAAAUAAAGCUGUGAUUAGGCAAAUCGAAGGUAGCCUGGAAACGGUAGCUCAGUUGAAGAAAGAAAGAUUUGUAUUAGAUACAAAGAUCAGAAAGUUGAGACAAUUGCAUAGUCGAAAAGUUAGAAUGGAAGCAGUUGGAGUUAUAGUUAACAAAACCGGUGAUACGAUUACUAUCGAAAAGAAAGAAGUUGAUGAGGAAGGAAACACAACAUCGACAGCUGUUGGUACAACGCCCACUCCUGACGAGAUUCAUCACGAGGAUGAAGUUGAGGAUAUGUCGGAAAACGAAAGUGAAGGAACUCAACCAGAAGAGUCCUCUUUAAAGAAUGAUAAUCUCUGGUUGAUUCAGGAGGAGGAUAAAAAUCUGUCGGGUGAAGAACUCGGGAAAAAAUUGGAUAAACUUUUGAAGCAAUCCGAAGAACAAUUGCAAAAAUUGAAUAGCUCAUCGAAACAAUUGCGUGCUCACACGUUCGGACAGGAUAGGUAUUGGAGGAGAUAUUGGGAAUUGGCGAAUGCCGGUGGUAUAUUUGUAGAGGCUAUGGAAAGUGCGGAACCUGAGGUUUUGGAAUUGCAAGCGGAAUUAGAUGAGAAGUACAAAAAUAUGCCGGUUGAGGAAAAGACCGAGACUAAACAGGAAGAACAAGCUAAGCCUAAUACGGAGAAUAGAGAAAACGAAGCACCGAACGAAGCCAAGGAUGAAAAGAAAUUGAAUGCCAACGAAGAAGAUGACAAUUCGAAAUCUCAAAGUAAGGAUAAAAAGAACACCGAUUGCGAGGAAAUCAAUUGCAAGAAAGAACCCGUACAGAAUUGUAAUUUGGAUAACUCUGGUAAUAACAUGAAAGAAGAAAGAAGACACGAUGGUGAUAGUAUGAUGACGGAUGCCAAGACCAAUGUAACUUCCGAAGAAAUUAAACAAGAAACGGAGGUUGUCAAAAUGGAGGUAGACGUGAAGAUCGAAGAAACGAAAAAAGAAAACGAAGAAAUGGGAGAGGAAAUGCCGAAACUUGUUGUCAAAAUGAUGGAAGAUAAAAUAGUCGAGACUAUACCUAACGGCGACAAGUUUAAUCACAUUAACAAUCUCCACAACGGCAAGGAACUCAACGGAACAUUCAUUUCUAUCAUGUCGAUAAUUACAGACAACAAUGCCGAGCCCAAUUGGUUCUCCAUUUUGCCGCGAGAAACUUGCGAUACACCUGGACCUAGUACCAAGCAAAUCUUUGGAAUUGCUGAACCAACGGAACUCAGGAUACCAGUUUUUCCACCUCCAGCUAGUCCAAAUUAUGACAGAUGCGAUAGUCCUGCCCCAUUGAUACUCACGCAAGAUGAAGCUGCGCAACUGGAAUAUCUUAAAGUAAAUGGAUUGCCACCACCUGGGGAAGCUAAACCUGUACCGAAAGAUCUAAGGUAUGGUUGGUGGAGAAUCACGGACGUAGACACGUUCCAAGAAUUAUUAGAACAUUUACAUUCUCGAGGAGUUCGUGAAAAAGAAUUGAAGCGUACGACAUGGGCUACGAUGGAAUCAUUCUUGGCUGUAACCGGUAGGAUCAACGUUGAUCCAGGUAAUGUCACUGCAACUGAACUUCAAGCGGAACCCGACGAUCCCGACACACCGAUUCCAAAACCGGAUAAUCCUGAUGAUUGGAGCGAGCAGGUAGCAUUACGUGUGGAUGCACAGCUUCUCGAACAGGUCGAGGCUUUGGAGGAUAAGGUCGCUAACGCCAGCAUGCAGGUCAAGGGCUGGAAACUUCCUCCACGGGCAGGAACCGAGGAGGCCGAUGAAAUCGAGAAGUUAAACGAAAUGGAAAAGAUCAGUGCAGUAGAACAAGCGAGACAAAGGUUACUCUCUUUGGAAGCGGCCAUUGAAAGGAGAUACUUGAAACCACCUUUAGGAGUUUGCACGGGAGAUCCAAAUCUGGCGGCGUUGAAAGCAGAACAGGCAGCCGCCGCAAACGCUAACUCGAACAAUUCGGAUCAGAGUAAUCAGGCACCUAUUCCUCAAGAAGAGACAACACCAAGAGGGCUGAACAACUGGCGAGAAGCUACCGCACGUGCACACACAUCGGCUCAACUGGCUAUGGCGCUUUAUAUGCUCGAGGCCAGCAUCGCUUGGGACAAGAGCAUCAUGAAGGCUGUGAGUCUAACACCAGCUAGAAACUCGGUCUGCGUCAAGCUACGAAACCGCUGCGUCUCACUCAAAGCUACCACUCAGUACAAUCAACUAUUGACUACUUCUCAAACCUCUAAUUGCCAGUUUUGUCAUAGUGGAGACAACGAGGACAAGUUAUUGCUUUGCGAUGGCUGUGAUCGCGGUUAUCAUACUUAUUGUUUCCGUCCAAAAAUGGAAAACAUUCCUGAUGGUGACUGGUACUGUCACGAAUGUAUGAACAAAGCAACAGGAGAACGUAAUUGUUUGGUAUGUGGGAAAAGGGUUGGGAAAAAUUUGGUCCUCUGCGAGCUUUGUCCUAGGGCUUAUCACACCGACUGCCAUAAUCCGGUUAUGCCAAAAAUGCCAAGAGGGAAAUGGUAUUGCUCUAAUUGCCACAGUAAGCAACCAAAGAAGAGAAAUAGUAGUCGAAGGAGUCAUACCAAAGGGGGAAGCACCAGAGAGAGUGAGAGUUCUGAUCAUCCACCAGCUAGUCCAACGCCUUCAACGGCAUCGAACACGCACGUAGAGGACGUCAGUUCGUCGGAACCGGCAACCCCUACUGCAUCCCCGAGGAAGGAGGGAAACAAUAGGACCCUUACUAAGAAGCAACAACGAGAGCUGGCACCUUGUAAGCUUCUUCUCGAACAGUUGGAGCAGCAGGACGAAGCCUGGCCAUUCCUAUUGCCGGUUAACACCAAACAGUUCCCGACCUACAAGAAAAUCAUUAAGACUCCCAUGGAUCUCAGUACGAUAAAGAAGAAACUACAGGACUCUGUGUACAAGUCCCGCGAUGAAUUUUGCGCCGAUGUCAGGCAGAUGUUCAUCAACUGCGAGGUAUUCAACGAAGACGACAGUCCCGUAGGAAAGGCCGGACACGGGAUGAGAAGUUUCUUCGAAAUGCGAUGGACCGAGAUCACCGGUGCACCCCCACCCCAUACACAGACGCAUAGCUGAGGUUCGGUGCGUUCACGCAACACCUGCAACAGCUUCGCACACUUUUACUACUAAAGCGUGUGUGUGAAAGUCCUGCGGCCCAGACAAAAAGAAAAUAUAGAGGAUAGAUGAUAGAGGAUAGAAAAUAGAAAAUAAAAAAAAUAGAAAAAAAAGAGAGAGAGAGGGAGGGAGAGAGCGAGAGAGAGCGAGAGAGAGAGAGAAUGAGAAUGUCAGAGAGUAUGUAAAACCCGAUAAGGACUAUGAAGAGAAACAUUAGUGAAA